AACAGGGCCGUUUAUUUUGUUUAUUUGAUUUAUUUCAAUUUUCAAUAUUACUUUGUAUGUAGUACAUUCUUGCUCUUGGUGUUUUAAAAUGGAAUGUAAGACAUUCCAUAAAGGGAAGUACUAUAUUACCUUUAAACGAGGAUUCGAAGACAGUAAGAGAGAUGUCACUGUUACAAUCAUGAAGAUUUUCGGCAGUGAUAGCUUGCGAAUAUCUCUUUCCGACGAGGACGACCCUACUUUUUUAUGUAUUCUUAAUGUUUCGCGAUGCGACUACGAAGAUCUGAAGAAGCAGCAAGGCCUGUUGAUAGAUUUCGAUAAUUUCCCCUCGCAGCUUGUUAGGCUCCUACAACAAUGUGCAUCUAACAAUAUGUUCCUAAUCGUACAACAAACAAAUCCAAUUCAAUUUUAUUUUGAAAUUGUAGAGCACAAUGAGUUUAGGCGUUUGGUUCAUUUGUCACUGAAGACAGGGCCGGCUACAGAUGCAGACAUCAAACAUCAUAUGGCUGACACUAUCAAUAAUUUAAAGAAUACACUGGCAUCUUUUAAAAGUUCAGCAACCAGCAGCGAAGUGAUGUGGAAAGACAAGUGCAUCAAAAUGGAGCAGAGAAUUCAAGAGUUGACCAACAACUUGGCUGAACUGAAAGAUGAGAGGAGAAAGAGUGAGACUGAGUUUCAAGAAGCAUUGAAACAGGAGAGAGAAAGGACAGCACAGGAAAGACAACAAUGGCAAAAGAAUGCAGAAAUUAAUGCAAAAGCUCAGCUUGCAAGUUCAGAAGAAGCGUUGAACAGGAAAAACAGACAAAUUGAUGAGUUAAAUACAAUAUGCCAGCAGUUAAAAGAUAAAAUAGGACACUUGGACAACCAAUUGAGUGAAAAAUCUCAAAGGUUAAUGCUGUUAGAGGGAGAGGUUCAAAAGUCACACAUAGAAGUGGCUACAUUAAAGGCAAAAAAUGCAAGCUUAGACAGAGAAAUUACUGAAAAAGAAAAGCAAAUCAGCAACUUUAACACAAGGUGUAGCUACUUAGAAAAGAUUGGUAAAGAGAAUGCUGAUCUUGUCACAGAGCUGAAAAACUCGUUACAUAUAGUUAAAAAAGAAAAGAUAAGUUUAGAAGAAAGACUAGCUCUAAGUGAAUCACUAGCAAAUAGAAACAAUGAAGCUGCAAAUUCAACUUCAGAACAACUGCUGAAGGCUAACCAAAUCAUUUCGAAACAAAACAAUGAUAUCAUUGAAAUGAAAGAAAAGAUACUAUGUCGAACAGCUAUAGCAUUAGAACAAGAAAAAGUUAUAGAGAAAAACAACAAAGAAAUUGAGGAACUCAAGUCUGAAAUAAAUAUUACUAAACAGAAUAUUGUCAGCCUCAAAACAGAAUUGGAUAAGCUGAAAGAAAAGUAUGAAAUAAAUGAGGUGGCAUUGAAGGAUAAAGAGGAAAUGAUAAAGAAUAAUAAUAUGGUGAUCCAAUGGCUGCAUAAAAAAAUGGAAGACACUUGCGAGCCAAUCAGUACAGUAAGAAACAAAUCAUUCAAUGGAGCCGCCAAACACAGCUCGACGCCGCACAUUCAACCAAAUGAGAAUUCCGAUCUCGCCGAGGGCAUUUCAGAAGAAUCUAUCAAUUUCUAUGCUACAUCAAAAUUGUCUACAUUUGAAGGAAGUCCUUUAACAAAAACUCAAGAUAAUGGAAACAACAUCGGCCUAGAUCCGAAAUACUUAAGACCGGCUGAUGACAAAGCAAACAAGACUGCUAAAAAUUGCGGAUCACAGAAGUCCGUAAAAGGAAAAGAAAAUGACAAAUUCAGUUUACCUCAAGUGGACUACAGAGAAAAGAAAUCUUCGCGAAAAAAUACGUAUCGGACAACACCGGUAUCUGCAUAUUUUCCGUGAAAAAUUAAUCCCAAUGUGGUGUUUAAAAUCGGCGCAACCAUUCCCUUAGAAAAACGCGGUUCGCUAGCCUUAUCCGGCUCUCAGGACCUGCAGUUACGGCUCUAACUAGCCCAAAAGUAGCACUGACACCGCUCAUACCAACUUGUGGCUCUUUGAGAUCCCUAAAACUGGCGCUCCUCUUCAAAAGUUAUUGGACACCUGCCUUAAUUAGUGUCUGGGUUACCAACGAAAACUAGAAUGAGGUUGAAAGUCCACUGCGGUUCUUCUUUCCAGAACCAGAGAGAAUGGGUAACGGUCGUGGUUAUAGUCUUAUAUAAAAAAACAACACUUAUUGGUUUGUUUUUUGAGAUUUAAAUCAGUGUCAGUUUCCAUUACAUUCGCUUAAAGAACAGAGCGAAAAACACGGGUAAGUGCGGCCUCUGGACCUAUUUCACGGACACCUUUUCAAGUUGACAGAGAGUUUCAAGAGACAUUAUUUAAAGUAAGAAGGUUUUAGUGAAUAGCUAGAAUAGCAGUGAUAUCCGACUAUAAAUUAAUGAUGAUCUAUAAUCUAUGACAUAGUGACUAUAUUAUGGCCAUAUUUGUGAAAUGUAGCGAAGUCGAGUAGCCGAGAAACAAACAAAACAUGCAGCAUUUGCAAGGGCCUGACACUCUUUGAUAGAGAAAGAUAGUCUUAUUGCGAUUCCUAAGAGGAAAGAGAAAAUAGUCGUCACCGACCGGGUUUUUUUUUCAUGGUCGGGUUAUGGCAGGGUUAGGUAGGAGGCGAUAGCGAAAUGCCGAAAUUUAUAAGAGUGAAAGAGAAAAAGGAUUAUGCUGCCAUACAUUAACCUGUCAAUACAUGAAUAUGUCUUUCUCUUACCUCUGAGGGCCUACCGCGAAGCACGUUCGACGUA